AUGACAAAAUCAUGCUUCAAGGAGUUGCUCAAAGAAGUGAAAGCAAUCAAGCAACCUAAGCGAAAAGGACGACCAAUAGUUAGCAUUGAAACUUCAUUGUAUGUAACCCUGUGGGGUCUCUGCAAUCAAAACUGUUACAGGGAACUUUCCGAUAGGUUUGAUUUGUCCUUGAAAGCAGUACACGGAAUAAUCAUAAAAACAUGUUAUCUUUUGCUUAAACUGACCAAGAAAUACAUUCGUUGGCCUACAAGCAUUGAAAGUGCUCAUAUCUCAGAAAUGUUUCAAGCUAAAAGUAAUCCCGGAUUCCCAUCGGUUAUUGGAUGUGUAGAUGGUACACACCUGAAGAUAAACGCACCUUGCCAGGAGCCGAUAAGUUACUACAAUCGGAAAGGGUAUCAUUCCAUACUCCUUCAAGCAAUCUGCGAUAGCAAUCUUGUGUUUAGAGAUGUGUUUUUCGGGUGGCCUGGAAGCAGUCAUGAUGCACAUGUUUGGAGCAACAGUCCCAUCGGACGGGCUCUGAAUAGCAGAGACUUAAAACUUCCAAACGAUAUGCACAUACUCGGUGAUUCAGCGUACCCGUUAAAUACUUACUUGAUAACUCCAUUUAGAGACAAUGGAUUCCUAUCGGAGCGGGAACGUAAAUUCAACUACAUACAUUCUUCGACCAGAGUUGCAAUUGAACAAGCUUUUGGUAUUUUAAAAUCCAAAUUCCGAUGCUUGCACCACUUAAAGUUAUUAAAAUUAAGUAAUGCUAAGUAUAUAGUAAUGAGCUGCAUUAUUUUACAUAAUUUUAUUCGAAUAAAAAGCUCUGAAGAUGUUGCCGUAUUAUUUCAAGAUGACGUCCAAAGUACAGAACCAGAAAUCCAAGAAAAUGAAGCAGUUCAUGGAAACGUAGACGCCAUCACAAAAAGAGAUGUUUUGUGUGAAUUUCUAAUGUCUUAAGAAAAUUAUUUGUUUUUUGUUAAAUACAUCGACAGAAUAAAAAACACACAUUUUUAUGAAAUAAAUAACAUAAAUAAAUUCGUUUUAUUUAGUAACAAAAAAAAUCAAAACAUCCCUUUGGGGGAAAACUAACCAUACAUGUGUACAUACAUAAAUUCAUUUUUUUUUAGUAAUUAUUAUUGGCAGGAUUUUGUUUUAAGUCGUUGAGUAAAGGAACCUUUCAACGAAUAUUCCGCAACAAAUCGUGUAUAUCUUUAAGACGUUCUAACUUGCCUUUCUCAAUUUCAAGUUUUUGCCUUUCUAGCUCCAAAAAUUCUUGAUGGCGCCGCUCAUCUUCUUUGUUUUGAUUCUUGAUGAACUCUAGCAAUUUGUCGUCGGGAUCUUUACGUCGUCGUUUUGGUUGCCUGCAUUGCGGUUCAUAUGGUGUGUCUCCUUCGUCAAAGUCAUAACCUCCUGCUCCUGGAUGAUCUUCACUAACAUCAACCGGAAAGCUUGCACACAUAUUUUCCUCUGGAGGAUUUAAGGAGUGUCUGCAAUGGUAGACAUUAUUGAAAAUG